UAACCUUGAGAUGAAAGUUUAACUAAAAAGCCUUUCAAUUUGCUUAUUAAGUGCGAUCAAUUAUUAAAAUUUUGACAUAAAACUCUUUCGCAAAUGCCCUUCAAUCCAGCAAUGAUAGGAGUUUAGGACCCGUUUCGGUCUUCCUGUAGACAUUUUCAGUAUGAUACUGUUGGUACGUGCAAGACAGCUUUCUGUUUUGGUGUAUCUGUUAGGUUAUUUCUAUCUGUCAAUGAUGAAUUUUUAUCGAAAUGAACGGAUUUUUGGAUCUUUGGUUAUUUGUUAAGGACAGUAUUAACAUAUUUUGUUAUUUUUAAAUCCAACUGUCACAGCAGCUGCCAUGUUAAAUAUAUCAGAGUGGGAUUUUGAUAAAGUUGAGGAUGGCACUCAUAAAAUUGCUGGAGAAGUACAAUUACGUAGUUAUGGCUCGUUUCUUGAAGAGUACAGCUCGCAGCUUCAAGGUAUAGAAGAAGCUCUUGAAGACCAUAUAUCUGAUUCCUGGGAUAUUACUGUUGACCCUAUAGCCUUACAGUUUCCUGCUUAUGAGAAAAUAAAUCUGCUUGACCUAGUAGAAACAGAUAAUAAAAUACUGAGCAAAGUCCUUAGUGUUUUUGCUGUACUCUGUUCUGAAGUAGAACUCUUAACCAGAGAAGCACGUGUGUCAUUUUAUGAUGCCAUUCUUUACUAUGGAGAGGGUGCAGAAAGUGAGUCGCUUCCUGAAGGUGAAUGGCAGGUGCAAGUGGCGAGAUUCUUACCAAAACUUCAAACUUUGUGGGCUUGGGUAAAGCGUUGCAGCAGGGUAUGUCAAGAACUAGUGGCCCAGUUAGUUGCUCUUUACUCUACACAGUACAAUGGAAAACCGUUAGUCUGUGCAUCAGAGGUCCACUUUCAGGAGGUCUUGGAACACUUGGGUGAUCUCCUGGUGGCUCUAAUCACUGUGGAUGAAAUGCUUCGGAAUCAGGGAACCCUCCAUGACCAUUGGACAUUAUUUUGCAGAAUGUUGAAAUCUGUUCAUCAUGAUCCUGUGGCUGUCGGAAUCCAGGCUGAAAAAAUGCGUGCCCUUGAGAAACUAGUUGGAGAUUAUGAAAGCUCUCUUUUGAGUGGAAAAAUAUUUCAGGGAGUGAUGCAGAAACUCACCUGUAUGAGUGCUCGUUGUUCUGCUGUUGCUGAUGAGCUCACAGGCUUUGUCAGGUCUGCUGUUCUUGAAUUGGAAACUCGACCUGCUGAACUCCAGGAUGCUGAUCACUGGUCUCGUUGGGUGAAGUUAAGUGCCCUUUUGGUGAUGAACUUCAGUCUUUUUGGAACUGUUGAUAGGAAAGUUUUCAAACAAUUAUGGGAUGUUAACAAAAAAAUUCCAGCUGUGACACUUUAUGCUAAUAUUGUCUGGUUCCCAGAACAAUUUCUUUUAUUUCAUAUUCCCCAGCUUAAUAAAAUAAUUGAUAAGAAAGCUCAACAGCAAGUGUCUGCUGCAAGACAAGCCUUUCUAAAUUUAAAAGCUCAGAGCCUACCAAAAGAAGUACAGUUGCAUUCAUUGCAGGUUUGUUGUUGGAUGGUUCAAGUUGAGACUGCUUUGCACAAAGAAUCCACUAACCUGAAGCUUGAAGACAUAAAUAACAUAUGUUCACUUUUACUGCAGGGUGUUCAGUUAGCUUGUGGAAUGAGCCGCUUACUUCGCACCUUGACCAAUCUCCAUGUUGCUCUUGCAAAGCCAAUGAGCCGUUCUUCUGUUGUGGCCCUUUGUCGGUUGGUGGAAGUUCUGCAGGGUGUUAGAAGUAUGUAUCAUCGACACUCAGUUUCUAUUUCAAGAUCUAUAGUACAUGUCAGCCAGCAUCUAUUAUAUCAAGCUCUGACAACCGUGACUGCUGCGAAGAAAAGUCUACUACAAAAUAAAAAGUAUAGUGAGCAGCAUCUUGAUGUUUUGUCUGCUUUGCUGGUUGUCGAAAGAUCAAUGUAUGGUUGCACAACUAAGGAGCGACGGCUGGUUACUCGUUUGGCACUUUCAAUGGCAAACCAGGGGCGCACAUUUCGUGAUGAAGAUUAUAUACUGCUACUGAGAACUUUACGUAAGCUUGAUGCAGUUUGUGAUAUGCAAUCUAGGUUGUCUGCCGCAUGUGAUUGCUCCUUCUUAUACUGGCACAGGGUAGUCCUGCCUAUCUACUUUGAAAGCCUGUACAGCUCUAAAACAGAUCUUCACAGACUUGGGUACAUGCUAUAUGCUCUUCGAGACUGUGUUAGGUCAGUAAAUAACAGUGGUGACAAUUCUGAAAGCCUAAAGGAAAUGUUAGAAACUGAAGUGUGGGAUUCAUUACGUAAAUACAUUUUGAACCCUCUAUGUCAUGAUAUAGAGACAAGUCUGCGGCUGUCUGUUCAUGUACAUCUGCAGGUUAAUGAAAGAAACCCAUUCAGCAGUAACAUACCUGAUUAUGGUCCAUUGUUGAGAGUUCGUCCCAUGCGUUUCUUUGAUAAAUAUAUUGACAUCAAGGGAUAUGUGGAACAUCAUCUUGAUCAAACAUUCUACAAUCUUACUACUGUAGCUUUACAUGAUUGGAAAACUUAUGGUGAAAUGCGCUGCUUGGCAAAGCUCAAAAACAAUCUUGUGACUGUUGAAGAUAACUUACCAAGUCAGACACUAGAGCAGGGAUUAGACGUCCUCGAAAUUAUGAGGAAUAUUCACAUAUUUGUCUCAAAGUAUCUGUACAAUUUGAACAAUCAGAUCUUUGUAGAGCAGUGGAGCAAUAACAAACAUUUGAAUACAAUAAAUAUUCGACACAUUGCAAACUCCAUUCGUACCCAUGGAACAGGCAUAAUGAAUACCACUGUUAACUUCACCUACCAGUUUCUGAGGAAGAAGUUCUUCACAUUCUCUCAAUUUAUGUAUGAUGAACACAUUAAAUCUCGCCUUUUGAAAGAUCUGCGGUAUUUCCGUGAGAACAAAACCCAAUUGGAACAAAAAUAUUCUUAUGAAAGAGCAGACAAGUUCAAUCGGGGAAUCAGGAAGUUGGGUCUAACACCUCAAGGACAUAGUUAUUUGGACCAAUUCAGAAUGCUGAUCAGUCACAUUGGCAAUGCCAUGGGCUAUGUGCGUAUGAUUCGUUCUGGUGGUCUUCACUGCUGCUCCAAUGCAAUUGGCUUUGUCCCUGACCUGGAGGAUGUGGUGAACUUUGAAUCCUUGUGUGUGAAUGAAGGCUUGUCUGAGUCUUGCAUCAAUGCUGCCAAACAGCUUGACCAUGUGAUUGAAAAUUUGGGAAGAAACUUUGCUGAGGGCACAGAAUAUUUUAAGCUCUUGGUCAAUGUGUUUUCCGGAGAGUUUCGCAAACCAGGAAACAGUCAUCUUCGCAAUUUCCACAUCAUUAUUCCACCACUUACCAUAAACUUUGUGGAAUAUAUAAUUGCUUCCAAGGAGCGCCUGACCAAAAAAAAUAAAGGAAAUGCAGCAUUCACUGAUGAUGGCUUUGCCAUGGGUCUUGCCUAUAUCUUGACUUUGUUAGAUCUUCAGGUUGAAUGGGAUGCUCUUCAUUGGUUUGAGUCUGUGCAGACAAAGUAUGCCAAAGAAAAAGCAGCUUUGGCAGAACAGAAAGGCUCUGCUCGUGGUCAGGAGGAUGAAAAGUUGCAGCAGACAAUGACCCUCACAGCCCGCAGGCUGGAUGUUUACCAACAGGAAUUUGAACUUCUACACUACAGCCUCAGCAGUGCCAGAAUCUUCUUCCAAAAGGAUGACGUACCGGCUGAAGUACCACAAGAUAAAACUGCUUGAGUCAAAUUUCUCAGAUUCAAGAUGAAUUCUUAACAUUACAUUCCUUUGCCCUUCUCGAGCUAUAGCUUGGUUCAGCUGUGGCUAUCUAUGUGAUAUUUUUGUGAAAUGGAGUUGUGCUGGAGCAUCAAGUAGAUUUAUCAUUAGCUUAACAGUUAAGGAUGCUGUAUUUUAAAUUGUUAUCUAUUUUUGUUACUGAAAUUUUAUGUGGUGUAUAUGCUUUGUUAUAUUAGCUAGUCACAAUCAACUAUUUUUUAAUCUGUAUUUGUAUUAAUUUUGUAACAUUCCAACUGUUGUUACAUAUGGAUAUCUAUAAAGUGCCCCAUUGUACUGUUUCUUUGAAAAGCAACAAAAAUGGAUACUGACUCUGUAGCAUAUUAGGUUAUCAAAUGGUCUUGUUUGUAUUCUCUUUGCCUCUAUAAUAAAAGACAAACGGAGCAAA